UUUCCUCUCCAUCUGCUGCUGCUUGCUCUCUUCGUCUUCUUCGCUUCUCCUUCAGUUUCUCUCUCUCUCUCUCUGCAAUGCCGGCGCUCCUCCGACUCCUCGCGAAACCCAAUCGCCUCUCCUCCUCCUCGCACCUCCUCAAUCUCUCCCUCCGUUUCCGCCGCCCGAUCGCCACCGCGCCGGCAGAACCCCCGCCGCCGCCUCCGCCGCCGCCGCCGCCGAACCCUAGCCUCCGAACACGGACCCCUCUCGAGAAGCAGUUCGAGGGGUGGAUCGACAAGCUCCGGCCCGGCUUCGGCCCGCCCGAGGUCGCCGACGCCCUCCGCGCCCAGUCCGACCCCGACCUCGCCCUCGACAUCUUCCGGUGGGCCGCCCAGCAGCGGGGCUACCGGCACGACGCCGCCGCCUACCUCGCCAUGAUCAAGAUCCUCAUCUCCGGCCGCCGCUACCGCCACGCCGAGACCCUCGUCGAGGAGGUCGUCGCCGGGGCCUGCGAGAUGAGCGUGCCCCUCUACAACUCGGUCAUCCGCUUCUGCUGCGGCCGCAAGUUCCUCUUCAACCGCGCCUUCGACGUUUACAAGAAGAUGCUCCGCUCCGAGGACUGUAAGCCCACGCUCGAGACCUACACCCUGCUGUUCAAUUCCCUGCUUAGGAGGUUCAAUAAGCUGCACGUGUGCUACGUGUACCUGCACGCCGUCCGGUCGAUGGCGAAGCAGAUGAAGGUGUCCGGGGUCAUCCCGGACACCUUCGUGCUGAACAUGAUCAUUAAGGCCUACUCCAAGUGCCUCGUGGUUGACGACGCGAUCCGGGUGUUCCGGGAGAUGGGGUUGUAUGGGUGCGAACCGAAUGCGUAUACGUAUAGUUACAUUGUGAAGGGGUUGUGCGAGAAGGGGAGGGUCGGGCAGGGUUUAGGGUUUUAUAAGGAAAUGAGGAGUAAAGGGUUGGUGCCGAAGAGCAGUGCUUAUAUGAUUCUGAUCUGUAGUCUUUCGAUGGAGCGGAGAUUUGAGGAGGCGACAGAGGCCGUGUUUGAUAUGCUGCGCGAAGCAAUGGCUCCGGACCUUUUGACUUAUAAGACAUUGUUGGAAGGAUUGUGCAGGGAAGGGAAGGGAAGUGAAGCCUUUGAUUUGCUGGAGGAAUUUAGGAAGAUGGAUACGAUGAUGGGCCAGAAGAAUCACAAGAUCCUGUUGAAUGGCAUAAAUUUUAUUACACGAGAGUAGAAUUCUAUGUUCAUGAUCGCAUGGCUCCGAAUUUUGUCGGUGUAGAGUGGAAAUGCUGAUGCUGUCAAGACCUAAAAAUAGAGCAGAGUGCAUGCAAAGUGCUGAAUCACAUGUGGCGAGUCUGCACUGCCUCUUAUAUGGUAUCACAACCAUUUCUGAUGCUGUGCCCAUAACACUGGAGGAGAAGCUUUCAACCUGCGAGACGAUCGGUGUCUAUCCUAUACCAGCAUUCAUGAUAUGCAACAUGGCACUUGUUGAGGGAAUCGUCCAAUGUUGUGCCUGUGUAAUUUGCAGUUCGCACAUCUCCUGGAUAAUCUACCUCAGAAACAGAUGAUCUGGUCUAGUUGCAGUUGCUCUUAAACAGAGAUGAAUUCCUGCAACCGCCUUUAGGACAAGGGUAGCUUGUUUGGCAUGCAAGAGUUGCAAACAGACUUGCUAUGUUAUAAAACUGUGUCCUUAGGAUUGAUACUGGUGAUGAGGAUGCUGUUUUGCUGGCAACCUCCGUGUUUUCACGCGGUUCGUCAUCCUCUUCUUGCCACUGGGAAGAAGAUUGGAGAAAGAGCGGUUCGUCAUCCUCUUCUUGCCACUGGGAAGAAGAUUGGAGAAAGAGCGAUCUUUUCAAAGUUCUGCAGCAAUCGUCUCAGGUGCCUAUCCGAGUCUCUUUGGACUUGCAAAUUGAUGGGCACCGCCUCUUAGAUUUCGAGGAGGGCGUGCUCAAGAAGAAGAUUAGGCUGAGUUUUUUUUUUUUUUUUACUUCCAAUAUCACUUGGGACUGUGCCAAUAAUCAGUCUUGUUGGACUUUAGAAAUGAAGGAAAAUGCAUACUUAUUGAUGAUGAUGCAUUCAGUGAGAGUUUUCAUGGUACGGUGUUGGUUGAUGGUUGAUAUUGGUGAUGAUAGAAAACGGCAGCUUAUCUGUCCACAGUA